AGUUACAUGUUUUUGGUGAGUUUAUAAUGUAACAAAUUUCUCAUAAUGUAAAAAUUAUUACAUUAUGAGCUCGAGAUUUUAUUACCUUUUGAGAAAAUUAUUACAUUAUGAACAUUUUAUUACAAUAAUAAUGUAAUACUUAUUACAGUAUGUGCAGUUUUUACAUUAUGUAUUACAUUAUGAGUUGCUACAGGUGCAAAACAAAAUUGAAACUAAAGCUGAAGGACGUCUGAACAGCAGCUCAACUACUUUUGAGUAUAUUUUCCUGUGUUUUAUGCAAAUGUUGACAUUAUAAACCAAGGCAAAUGUAUACUGUGAUUGUUUUUAUUAUGUAAAUCGCAUUUUCAUGUUCAUGUAAGCAGUAAGAUACAGUGAAGAUGGCGACAGGUCCUGAACCACCUUUUGAAAUGUCAGAGAUCAGCUCCAGUCCAGAUGAUACAGUGAUCCGGAUUGUUCUGAUGGGCAGUAAGGGUUCUGGGAAAAGUUCAUCAGGAAACACUAUACUAGGAGAAAAGAGGUUUAAAGUCCACAAACACAAGAAGAAAAAUGAAGCUGAAGUUUGUGAGGGUAAAACACAGAUGGGAGAGAAUCAGGUGCAUGUGAUUGAUUGUCCAGAUCUCCUGGAUCCAGAUCUGAAUAAAGAGAAGCUGGAGAUGAUGAAAGAGCAGCUGGUCUCUCUAUGUUCAGCAGGUCUCAGUGCAGUUCUGCUCACCGUUCCUCUAGAGGAACCUGUGCAAAAUGAGGAAGAGAUCCUGGAUUUUAUCAAGUGUUUAUUUGGUCCUGAAGUUCAGAAGUAUAUCAUGAUUCUGUUCACACAUGAGGAUGAUUUGGAGGAUCUGGAUGAACUGCAGACCAUUGAUGAAUAUCUACAAAACCAUGCAGAUCUCCAGCAGCUGGUGACAGAAUGUGGAGGAAAGUUUCACUGUUUCAAUAACAGGAGUAAAUCUGAUGGUCAGAAACAAGAACUACUGCAGAAGAUUGAAGGAAUGAUGAUGGAGAACAGAGGGAAAUUUACCUUGGAACUAAUGAGAAGAUCAAGCAUGGAUGAUCCUGGUGUCAAGUUUUCAGGUGACAGUUCAACAGAUGAAGUUUUACAUGAGCAACAGAUUCCUGAGAGGAAAGAUCAGAUCCGGCUGGUUCUGCUGGGAAAAACUGGAUGUGGGAAAAGUGCCACAGGAAACACCAUCAUUGGCAGAAACGUGUUUCAGUCCUCCAUCAGUUCAAAGUCUCAGACGAAACAGUGUCAGUCAGAAACUACAGUGAGGUUUAGUAAAGAGAUCUCAGUGAUCGACACACCUGGACUUUACGAUACUAAACUCGAUAAAGAGGAAAUCAUUACGGAAAUAGUGAAAUGCAUAACGUUAUCCUCUCCUGGACCACAUGCUUUUAUUAUCAUCAUUAAAGCGGGUCGAUUCACUGAGGAGGAGAAAAAUACAAUAAAGGAGCUCAAAGAAGUGUUUGGAGAGCACAUCGAAAAACACACCAUGAUCCUCUUCACUCAUAAAGAUCAGUUAGAGGAGGAAAAUAAAACCAUUGAAGAGUUUCUAAAGAAUGGUGAUCCAGAUCUUAAAAACCUUGUGGACAGUUUUGGAAACCGGUUCUUCUUUCUGGACAACAAGUCUGCCAGUUUCCCACAGUUCAAAGAUCUGAUCGGUAAAAUAGAGGCGAUGGUGGCAGAAAAUAAAGGAUCACACUUCACCAAUGACAUGUUUGAUGAAGCAGAGAAGUACAUUCAGGAGAUUCAGAAGGCAAAACUAGAUGAGAAAAUUAAUCAGCACAAACGGGAGCACAAACGGCUCACUCAAACAGAAUGGCAGAAAAUAUACUGGCGUUUAGUAGAAGAGUCACGACGAGAAGCUAAGCAAUAUUUUUCUGACCUUUUCAAAAGUCUGUAUAUUAUUCCUGAUUUAUACAUAUCAGAUCUAGCCCAGUUUACAGGGAAGAUAAGAGUGACCGACGAGGAGAGAGCAAGUGCCAUAAAGGAGGCCCAGAGCAUAGGAAUUAGUCGUAGGAAGGCAGUUUUUCUUGCAUUCAGGGCUACAGGGACACUAGCAAAACAGAAGAUGUGUCUGAUUCAGUAAAACAUCAUAAUGAUAAGACACACAAUAUGCUAAGAGGUCAAUCCAUCUCAAGAAGUCCAGUGAAGGUUACUUGACCAUACUUGAACAAUCUCAGAGUCAUUAUGCUGAUCAAUUCGGUUCAGUGUUGAUUCAGUUCAGUUCGAUUACUAUGUAAAGUUUAUUCAUUAUAAAACUAAUUUGAUUAAACUAAUAAGCAGAAAUUUACAGCUAAAUGAGGGUCUUUAAAUCUGGAAAAAGUUGGCAGUUGUAAAUAAAGAACAGCUGAUUAACAGUGUUCAGGUGUACUGAAAGUAUGUCAAUAUAUAAACACACAUUACUGUAAUAGAAAGGAGACCUUUCACUUAGAGCUACAGAGAUGACGCCACUGAUGGACACAUCUGACGCUGUGAAACAGUGAAUUCAUUGGAGGCGACCUUGGAGAAGAGGAAAGAAAGGAGGAAUUCGACAACAACUCCAGAACUGGGGAAAUAAACCACCACUAAUGUACAUGAUAUGAGCAAUAUGCCGUCUCCGAGGAACAAAAUAGAGGAAUUGCGCACAACUUGUAGGAUUUGUCAAGAAUAUUGUGAGUCCUGCUUGAUGUGUUUACAGAGACAUGGCUGCGCUGUGAUGUCCCCAACUCGCUGGUUGAACUUGAGGUUUUUAUUUGUUCGAGCAGACAGGGAUGAGACUUCAUGGAAUACAAGAGGUGUUUGUGUCUAUAUCAGAGAACAGCGAGAGAGUCGUUGUGUAAUCCAGAUGUGGAAUUACUGAACCCUUUUUUUUUCCACAACAAUUUGGAAAUAUUAUUACUUGUGCAGUAUAUGUUCCGUGAGGGAAUGCGCACACAAGUAACUUAAUGGCACAGUAUGUAUGAUUUACCAUACAAUGUACCAUACAACAUGAAUUGCAUGCCAUUUAGCAACAUCAGUCAUCCAGCUUUUAUUUAUAUUUUAAUAUCGAUCUAGCUUACUGUAGUGUGCAACAAGUGUCUCAUACCAGCCACCAAGUGAACACACAGUAAUGUUAACAACUUUCAACACACUCAAAUUUAUUUUUAGUAUGAUUGUUUUCACCAAGUAAAACAGUCCUGCAUUACCCCACAAUUUUAAUUUGUCAAAUAAAGUGACCUGUAUGAGUAGUAAUUCAGCUUGUGCGGCUGUUUCAUUAGAAUGAAAUAAAAUAAUGUUAAUUUAAGUGAUCAAAUGUAACUGUAAUGUCUUUUUUAGUGUCUUUUUUAUGAUAAAUAUUUGUGUUCUCUCCUGUGUUUAUUUGGGUUUGAUACAUGGUUUUCCUGCAUUAUACUUGAGAGAGUGUUUAACACAUGUUAAAAUUUAACCUGAAGGGAGCGGUCUGACUUAAUUCUCAAUAUAACCAAAGGUCAUCAGAAACUCUGCGCUCUUACAUUACCAGCACAUAAUUCAAAACUGUUUUGAAACGUGUGAGACUGUAUGCAUGUGUUUACAUAAUUUUUUGGAACUGAUUCACAUAAAAACGUUGAAGAAGCA